AUGCCAAGAUCACAAAGACGUCGAUCCCCUUCUCCAAGCUCGAGGGCCAUGAAAGUUCUUGAUGACUUUCUCAACCAUCCUCUUGGACCUAUCCUGGCAACGCAAGUUUUUGAUCGUCUUUUGCCAAGCGACUUGGUAUCUCUAUAUGAGAGCUCAAAAAUCAUGAACAAUAUCUUCGAUGAAAAAACUGGUGACUACGAUGAACUUUUCCCCAGUCAAUAUUGGCGAAUUUACGCGAAGCGCCAUUUCCAACACGACUAUAUUUGGCCUUUUGUAGAGAUGAGACUCGCAACUGCCUUCAAAAAGAACGAUAUUCAUCGACUCUCACUCAUGUCUUUCGCGAUGAAGAUCAAACAAGACGUCCAAAUGAGAAAAGCAAGCCCACUGAAAGAAUACAAAACGAACAAAUCCGCUGACGUCUGCAUUGGGGGCAAUUGGGUUGUUUCUUCACAACCAUUUGUCGAACUCGGUGUCCGGGAAAAGAUUCCAACUCCACCAGCACGAGUCCCGGUCAGUGGCGCCCCUCACUUCUACGAAGUUGUCCGCCCAGAUUAUAGUAUCCGCAAAGUCGAAUUUCCCGCCAUCACUGCCUUCUUCGACGAAAUCCCGAUCAACGACUUGAAUUUCUACUUUGAAUACUUUUGGGAGCCAUUUCUGAUCGUACCCGGGACGAAAAAGACGCACUGUUUCUGUUUGGAUCAAACAGACCCAAAGACGAUCAAGCCAGUUGUCAUCGAGCACGUCAGUGAAGUCCACUCCCACCUUGGCUACUUUACCGUAAAGUCCAAGCCAAAAUGCGAUCUGCGAAAUGGACGAAAGUACCUUGAGAAGAUUGAGCUGCCCGUUGUUUAUCGACACAAGGGUUGGUAUUUCAUCAGAGUUCACGAAGUUACUCCAUACACGACAAAAGUUGUUCAUGAAGUUAAAAUCGGCCGAGACGACAUGACCGAAAUGUUCUGGGAAUUCCGCCAUGAAAGAAACCACGAAGACAAAUUCGAAAUCUACUGCGGUGACUACGAUAAUUACUUCCUCUUCAUCUACCGAAAGCCCCACGAAGAGGAUUCGAUGGACUAUCUCAAUGAUUGGGACAAGAAGAUGCUCCACUUCAAACUGAGCACGAGAAAAAUUUCCGAGAUCAAUGUCAACGAUCAAGAAUUUUUCUCGAACGAUACCCAGUUUGAAUUCGUCAAUGGAAAGCUCUUCGUUGUGAGAGAAUCAGAGAUGUCCACUUUCUUCGACGAUCGCCAUGGGAACUGCUAUGAAGUCCUUGCAUACACACCGAACGAGAAGAAUGGUACGCUUGAUUCUAUCGCCGGCUUUGAGCGCUUCCAGCAACCUACGAAGCACGAUUGCAAGGGAUAUUCGAGAGUCCCUGAUGAAAAAAGCUGGUCCAAAAGGCGCCAAACUUUUCUCACUCGCGACGUCAUUGUCAAAGAUGGAUUCAUCUACAUUUACGACAACUACAGUCUCGCAAAGAAUCGAAUGAUCAAGCCGAAGAAGCGAAAGCUCAGAAAGUUCUUGGAGUCUCAUAGAAAGAUUUCACUCGAAGAAUUGUACGAGCGAGCUUCUGAUCCAGAACUUGACGAAGAUGACCUUUUCCAUUGGACAGAAAACAUCGAUGAUGACUUCUUCGAAUCCAAUGACUUCGAAAUGCUCGAUUCAUUCUUCUCUUCCGACGUCAUUACUUACUCCCGCGAAGAAGUCGGCCGCCUCAAAAUCUUCUUGUAA